AUGACUAACCAAGAGGCUGAUCACUCAAUGACGAAAGCUUUUGCUGCAAUGGGAGGCAUGUCAGAAGAUGAGUCUGAAGAUGAGGAAACUGAAAAUCAAUCCCUACUUGCAAUCGAACAAAUUGACAAAUAUCACUUCCUUGCACUAGUAGCCAUAACUGAACCUGAAGAUAAGGAAAAUAAUUGUCAGAUACAGGAGACAAUUCAAGCAUUAAUGGUUGGGUUAGAUUCUGAAGAAGAAGAAGAGGACAAGAAGGACCAGGUUAGUCUGCAUUACAUUAAAGAAAAUCUUGACUCUUAUUCAAAAAGAAAACUAGAAUCUCUAUUGCAUACUCUCAUAAAUGCAUACCAAUCAACCUGUUCUGAAAGAGAUCUGCUAAUGGAAGACUAUUCAUCAUUAAGAGAGGAAAAUGAAAACUUAGAACAACAAAAUUGUAUUCUUUAUAAUAAGCUAAAAGAAUUGAACAAAGAGUUUAAAUUCAUAACUGUAAAAAAUGAAGACCUACAGAAAACACUUCACAUUACCAAAAUGGAAACAGAGCAUAGUAUGAGAUGGACCAGGUCCUUCAUACUACUCGGUAGAGUCCAAAAGAGUCAAUCUUCCACAAGACAUGGAAUAGGCUUUUCUGAAGCUAAGAAUCCCAACAUAGAUUGGACCCAAGAUUCAGCGGGAGGAAAGCCAAAACAAUGGUACUUGGACAACGCAUGUUCCAAGCAUAUGACUGGACAUAAAAGCAACUUCCUUUCAUUGAAAAAAUUCAAGGGUGGAAACGUAGCCUUUGGAAACGGAAAAACUGGAGAAAUACAAGGAAUUGGAAAAGUGGGCAUGAACCUUAACCAAGCUAUUGACAAUGUGUACUAUGUGAAUGGAUUACAACACAAUCUGCUAAGUAUAUCCAAAAUGUGUGACAAAGGAAACAAAGUUAUAUUUACUACUAAUGAGUGCAAAGUGGUCAACUCAACCAUAGAGAAACUGGUUCUCAUUGGGAAAAGACAAAUCAUAUUUUUCAUUGGUCGAGCCAAAAAUACUAAAGAAGCUCUGGCAGACCUAUACUGGAUUAUAGCCAUGCAGAAGGAACUGAGUCAGUUUGAACGAAGCAAAGUUUGGAACAUGGUUCCCAGACCACACGAUAGAAAUGUGAUAGGCACUUUAUGGGUUUUUAGAAAUAAAUUCGACGAUCAAGGACAAGUCACACAAAACAAGGCAAGACUAGUUGUACAAGGGUACAAUCAGGAAGAAGGAAUCGACUAUGAUGAUACCUUGCACCCGUAG